AUGUCAACACUGUUCGGGAUGAGAGAAGGACCACCGAAUCCACGACAUGGCGUUGGUUACAAAGAGCCUGAAAGGGUGAAAUCGGACGUGAUUAAUCCGAUCAAACGCCUUAUCCGUCCAACAAAGAAAGUCCUACGUUUCCCGUUUCGUUUCGCUGAACUGCCAGACCUUGUCGACCUGAAGGUAUUCAGGUGGCUCGGUGCCGACAGGCAGCUUAUGGAAGCCGCCAUAUCUUGCAGUCUAUGGAACAGUGACGAACAGAUGGGUUCUGUGCGAGCUCUCGCUGAUGAGAAAGUUCGGCAAAGGUAUUCCAAGGACGACAUGCUUCGGCGAAGAUGA